ACAUGCUAAUCAUACCAUGAUUAAAGAAUGGAUGAAAAGAAGAAAUGUCAUCAACUACUCCAAAUACUUUUGCUCCUUCAACCCUCUUCUCUUCUCUGGUCUGGUGUAUGUUGAGCAUAAUCUGAAAAUCUCUUUCAGAGAUAAUAAUCCAAACUAAGAAACAAACAGACAAAUUGAGAAGAUAGAUAGGUCAUACUUAUUUGCCAAAAGGGGGCAAACAAUUUACUCUAAUGGAGAGGCUUAUCUAUACCAACUCACUUCCCUCCAAACUCCACCUAAAGACCUUUCCUCGUCUCCCUAAACUCCACUUCUCCUCCCUUCUCCAUGUUGAGUCUCGUAGACCCAAUUCGCUUUCUUGCAAGUGUCUUCACCAGUUUUCAUCUUCUGGGUCGACCCCAUCUUCCAGAUUUGGUGAUGGGCAUGUGGGUAAUUCGUCCACAUCUAAGGAUUUGCAAGAUGGGUCGGAUUCGAAGCCCCAUUUGCUCCAUUGGGUUGCUGAAAUUCUAUCUCAACAACGCAAGGUGGUUUCGACUAGUACAGUAGUCUUACUCUCAGCCAUGCUUGUUAUGCUCCUCCACCCAGUCAUUGUUUCACCUGCUUUUGCUAGUUUCCAAACUGCAGCUAAGACAGGGGGUCCAGCUGCAGCAGCAGUGGGGACUCAACUUGUACGUAAUGAACUACUAACUAGUGCAUGGGCUGGUUUCUUUGCUGGUUGCCUUCACACCCUAUCAGGUCCUGACCAUCUUGCUGCUUUGGCUCCUCUGUCGAUAGGCCGUACACCGAUGGAGAGUGCGGCAGUGGGAGCCCUCUGGGGCUGUGGCCAUGAUGCUGGACAGUUGAUUUUUGGCCUAUUGUUUCUUCUCUUAAAGGACCAACUCCACAUUGAAGUUAUUCGUACAUGGGGGACUAGAGUAGUUGGAUUCACUCUUCUUGUCAUUGGAGCAAUGGGAAUCAAGGAAGCAUCUGAAGUUGCUACACCAUGUGUUGCCCUUGAAAAUGGUGACUGUGAUGUUAGUGUGUACGAAGGCAUUGACACCCCUGUCAUUGGGAAGAAGAAAAAGAUAGGCUUUGCAACUUUUGCUACUGGAAUUGUCCAUGGGCUGCAACCGGAUGCACUGAUGAUGAUCUUGCCCGCACUUGCUUUGCCUUCUCGCGUGGCUGGUGCUGCCUUCUUGGGUAUGUUCUUGGUUGGUACUGUUAUUGCAAUGGGAAGCUAUACCGUCUUUAUAGGCUCGUGUAGUCAGGUACUGAAGGAUAGAGUUCCUAGAAUAACAGAGAAGCUCACUUGGGCUUCUUCCCUGAUAGCAAUUGGCUUAGGAAUUGCAAUUAUCGUCAGUCAAUUUUUUGGUUUUAGCCUAUAUUAGGUCUGAUCCGGCGACAAAAAUAGUUUACGUUCAGUGUUAGGGGAUGUCAUUUUGAUGAGAGGAUAUAUCUUUUGAUUGAAGAGAAAGCUUGUAGUAUUUUG